CUCUGGUCUGGUCGGGUGUGCAGUGUGGGAACAGGUAACAAUGGAGCUCUAUGCCCACACCGAUCAUCCAACUGCUUUAGUCCCCAAAAUUAGGUUUCCAGCGUAUUCAUCCCUCUCAAUUGUCCAUCCAAUUCUUCGAAGACAGAGCCGCCGUUUUGUCUCCGUCGCCGGCCUCAGAGUAUCCGCCAGUGUAACGUCCCUGGAACAGCCGGGAGGGAAGAUGGUGGUAGAACUCGUCGGAGCGUUCAAUGAGCUCACAGAGAGAAUGAACAUGAACGUGUUGUCUACCAGCUCCUCACGAUUGCUCUUCAAGUCUCUCAAGCUUUCCAUCCCCAUCUUGCAAACACUGUCUCUCGGUGCAGAUGGUCGCUCUCCUCUCUCUAAGGCCUUAUCGGUCGCCGUCAUUCUCGCCGACCUUCAGAUGGAUGCUGAAGUUAUUUCAGCCGGUAUACUGAGAGUAGUCCUGGAGGCAGGUGCCAUAUCCAUAUAUGAAGUGAGAGAUCAGAUCGGUAUCAGUACAUCUCAUCUGUUGCAUGAAAGCUUGCGUCUGAAGAACAUCUCUUCAAAAGUGGAAAUAUUGGAUGAUGAUAGUGCUGCUGCUUUGAGGAAAUUCUGUCUGACGUAUUAUGAUGUCAGGGCUUUGAUUCUAGACCUCGCUUUCAAGCUUGAUAUGAUGAGACAUCUUGAUUACGGGCCAAGAUACCAGCAGCAAAUUCUUUCUCUCGAGGUUAUGAAGAUACAUGCUCCUUUAGCACAUGCUGUUGGAACCAACUGUUUAUCCUUGGAACUGGAAGAUCUCUCAUUCCGCUACUUGUUUCCUUAUUCAUACCUCUAUGUUGAUGCAUGGUUGAGGAGCCAUGAAACAGGAGGCAAGCCUCUUAUUGACAUAUACAAGGAACAGCUGAUUCAAUCAUUGAGGUCUGAUUCAUUGUUAGCAGACAUGGUGGGUGAUAUCUCAGUUGAAGGUCGCUAUAAAAGUCGUUAUAGCACCAUGAAGAAACUUCUGAGAGAUGCCCGCAAGCCUGAAGAAGUGUAUGACAUCUUGGGAUUGCGGGUCAUACUGAAUCCUGCUUCUGAAGUAAAUAAAUUGGAAGUGGGUGAGAAAGCAUGCUACAGGACGCAAAAAAUUAUCCAAUCUUUGUGGAAAGAGAUUCCUAACAGGUCAAAAGACUAUAUUGCCAGACCCAAAGCAAAUGGAUAUAAGAGCUUGCACAUGGCAGUUGAUAUCAGUGAAAAUGGUAGUACUAGGCCACUAAUGGAAAUACAAAUACGGACAAAGCAGAUGGAUAUGUUGGCUGCUGGUGGCACAGCAUCCCACGCAUUGUACAAGGGUGGUCUUACCAAUCCCGAAGAGGCAAAGCGGCUCAAGGCGAUUAUGUUGGCUGCAGCUGAGUUUGCAGCAGUGCGUCUUAAAGAUCUUCCUUCCACAAAUCACAAAGGUCUUGAAAUUGAUCAUAGGGAUCGAGUAUUCCGCCUGCUUGACAAGAAUGGAGAUGGUAAGAUCAGCAUUGAGGAACUUAUGGAAGUAAUGGAAGAACUUGGUGCCCAAGGGGAUGAUGCCCGGGAAAUGAUGCAACUCCUUGAUUCAAACAGUGAUGGUUCUCUGAGCUCUGAUGAAUUUGAUAUGUUUCAAAAGCAGGUUGAACUGAUGCGCAGUCUAGAAUGUAAGGAUGGUCAAUACAAGACGUUGUUGAAUGAGAAGAUUCAAAUGGCGGAUAGCAACGGGUUGAUUCAGUCAUACAGUAAAGAGCUUGGAGAAAGGAUUGCUGUUAAGUAGUCUUGCUUACUUGAAUGCAGGUAACUGCUAUGUGCUGCAAAGGGUUCUUUCAAACUUCCCUUUUAGACCAUGUAAAUGACGUGUCCGCACUGUAUAUAGUUAUAUGUAUGUUCCACUGUACCAUUAACAUUGUAUCUCUAUUAUGAUUUAUUGGUAACUAGAUUAACUUGAAAAUGCUUUUUUAGAGUAAAUAUGUGAAAAGUAGUUCCCUAUUCCACAGAUUAAUUUUCCGAAUUUGAAAAUAUUAUCAUAAAUUUAGUGUGUACUUGUUAAUCAUAAUUACAUUGAAC